GAUGCUAACGCUCACCAGCCGGACAGACGGUUCUCCUGCUGCUGAGACGGAUCUGACGGUCAGACAGGAUGCCUUUCUCCGAGCUGUAUUUUAACGUUGAUAACGGCUACCUGGAGGGGCUGGUCAGGGGAUUUAAAGCCGGAGUACUGUCCCAGGCGGAUUAUUUAAACCUCGUACAGUGUGAGACCCUGGAAGAUCUAAAGCUCCACCUGCAGAGUACAGACUAUGGCAGCUUCCUGGCAAACGAAGCGUCUCCUCUCACUGUGUCCGUUAUCGAUGACAAGCUGAAGGAGAAGAUGGUGGUGGAGUUUCGUCACAUGAGGAACCAGUCAUAUGAACCGCUGGCCAGCUUCAUGGACUUCAUUACGUACAGCUAUAUGAUUGACAACGUCAUUCUGCUGAUCACGGGGACCCUCCACCAGCGGGCCAUCUCUGAGCUGGUGCCAAAGUGUCACCCGCUGGGCAGCUUCGAGCAGAUGGAGGCGGUCAACAUCGCCCAGACCCCCGCCGAGCUUUACAACGCCAUCCUGGUGGACACGCCUCUGGCUGCGUUCUUCCAGGACUGCAUAUCGGAACAGGACUUGGACGAGAUGAACAUUGAAAUCAUUCGUAACACACUUUACAAGGCUUACCUGGAGGCUUUCUACAAGUUCUGCUCCAACCUCGGAGGAACCACAGCUGACACCAUGUGUACUAUCCUGGAGUUCGAGGCGGACAGGCGAGCCUUCAUCAUCACCAUCAACUCAUUCGGCACGGAGCUGUCGAAGGAGGACCGGGCCAAGCUCUUCCCCCACUGCGGCAAGCUUUACCCAGAAGGCCUUGCUCAGCUGGCCCGGGCAGAUGACUACGAGCAGGUCAAGGCUGUGGCUGAUUUCUAUCCUGAGUACAAGCUGCUAUUUGAGGGGGCCGGCAGCAACCCAGGCGACAAAACACUGGAGGACCGUUUCUUCGAGCAUGAGGUGAAGCUGAACAAGCUGGCCUUCCUCAACCAGUUCCACUUCGGUGUCUUCUACGCCUACGUCAAGCUGAAGGAGCAGGAGUGCAGGAACAUAGUGUGGAUCGCAGAGUGCAUCGCCCAGCGGCACCGCGCCAAGAUCGACAACUACAUUCCUAUCUUUUGAGCCCCCCCACCCCCCCGUCCUUCCUCUUCCAGUCCCACCUCGGUGUUAAAGAUUCUGAUGGUUUGAUGUUAAAUUUUCUCCGUUCUUCGCUCGUAGGUGUAAAUUGGUUCCUCACAGCCGAGUUUCUUGUUGAACACACAAUUGACUUAAAUACAGAGUUUUAAACUGGGAAACAGCCUGAUCCAUCAGAGGUGGUUGGUGCUUGAUGUAAUGAGCUCACCAGGUUAAUGGAGGAAGCUCAUUUGACUUUCAAACGCGUGUCUCUGAUUGUGCAAACUUUCCGACGCUCAGCGUGUUGUUUCAUGCAGCACGCUCUGAUGUGUCACGUCCACCUGACACAUCAGAUGGUGAAACACCAGAUGAAGAAUUUGCAAUUCACUAAAUCCAGGAAUGAACUCGACCGUCACCGGGACAGAGAAGCUUCGGUGAAUUCUCAGCGCAGCAAACGCCAACCACCUUUUAAAGAUCGUGUUAAAGUCCAGGCACAUAAAACACUAAAAGGAUCAGUAUGCUGUACGUUUUGGAUUUAUCACCAUCAGAAUCAGUAAAAAGACGACAGUUGAAAUCAGAACUACACACAAGCUCAGAAAUCCAGGCCGUCCAUAACAAAGUGGACAUGAAAACAUUCCUCCGCUCAGCGUCAGUCUCCACCAGGUUCGAUAUAACCUGUAUUUAUUUCUGUUUUAGUGCUAGAUUCUGUCUGCAUGUCUGAUCAUUACUGUGGUUUUCCCCCCAAAAAAACAAGUGAAACGUGUGCGCCCCUCCUGAUUUGCAGUCUUAUCUAGAUUGUUGUUAGCUUUUAAAAAUACAGCAGCUGAACAGGAGCUUCCAGUCCUCAGCGUCCCUGUUUGUGUUUCUGUAAAUGAACGUACUGGAAUGAGGCAAAAUCUAGUGAGUAUAUAACAGACUUAAUGUUUAAAGUAUACAAAGAUAUAGAGAUAUUUAAAGAUGAUACGAUUUUGUUUUUUUUGAUGCUGUAAAAUUUGAUUUAUUGCUGUUUUGAUCUGUUACUUGUGAAAUUUGAAUUGUAAAUGUGACAAAAAAAAUUAAACAGACUAAACUGA